UGUUCUUUUCGCUUCCCUUGUUUCAAGUUGCUGUAACGCUGCUGCGGAAGCAAUUGCUGCACACUCUCCCUUUGCUGUGCCUAUGGGUGGCUACGGGGGCUCCUCCCUGUAUGCAUUGUGGAGCAGCUUUUGCUGCUAUGCCUAAGACCUGCUUAUUUUUUUUCCCUUGUCAGCUGCCUGUUAUAUCAAUCACGGAGCUGGAAUCUAUUUAUAGGUUGGGACUCAGAGUACUGUGUCCUUAGUCACAAAGAGACACGGAGACGCAGAGGGAACUCCCGGCUAGUGCGAGCGGAACCAAAAGAUAUUUAAUCAGCAAUUAGAAACACCUGGGAAGGGGGAAAAGGAAAACCUACCCUGGUCCUGAGGUUCACCUCUCAACCUGAAUCAUUGUGAAAGGGAAUGGAUUGAGAAUAGAGAGAGGCGGCGUAUCUUGUCCGAUUCUGCAUUGCCGGCUGUUAGGCAGAAUGUCCACAGAUGAGCGGCACCUCACCUCCAGUUGUGGAUCCUUCAUCAAGACUGAGCCAUCCAGCCCAUCUUCCGGCAUCGACGCCAUCAGCCACCACAGCCCAAGUGGAUCAUCUGACGCCAGCGGUGGCUAUGGCAUCACUAUAGGUGGCCACCCCAAUGGCCUGGAUUCACCACCCAUGUUCAGCAGUGCGGGGAUUGGUGGAGGGCCCUGCCGCAAACGGUACGACGACUGCGCCAGCGCCAUCAUGGAAGACUCGCCCACCAAGUGCGAGUAUAUGCUGAACGCCAUCCCCAAGAGGCUGUGCCUAGUGUGCGGGGACAUUGCAUCCGGGUACCAUUAUGGAGUGGCGUCCUGUGAAGCAUGCAAAGCCUUCUUCAAGAGGACAAUUCAAGGGAACAUUGAAUACAGCUGCCCGGCAACCAAUGAGUGUGAAAUCACAAAACGGAGGCGCAAAUCCUGCCAGGCGUGUCGCUUCAUGAAAUGCCUCAAAGUGGGGAUGCUGAAAGAAGGGGUCCGCCUGGAUCGAGUUCGUGGAGGCCGUCAAAAGUACAAAAGGAGAUUGGAUUCCGAGAGCAGCACUUAUUUGAGCUUACAGAUUCCUCCUCCAGCCAAAAAGCCAUUGACCAAGAUCGUCUCCCACUUGUUGGUGGCAGAGCCGGAAAAGAUUUAUGCUAUGCCUGACCCUACCAUGCCGGAGAGCGACAUAAAAGCUCUGACCACGCUCUGUGAUUUGGCAGACAGAGAGCUGGUGGUGAUCAUUGGCUGGGCAAAGCACAUCCCAGGCUUUUCUAAUCUUUCCCUGGGGGACCAGAUGAGCCUAUUGCAGAGCGCAUGGAUGGAGAUACUCAUCCUGGGUAUCGUCUACCGCUCGUUACCCUAUGAGGAUAAAUUGGUCUAUGCUGAAGAUUACAUCAUGGAUGAGGAACAUUCUCGCUUGACGGGCCUGCUGGAGCUCUACCUGGCCAUCCUGCAGCUUGUGCGCAGGUAUAAGAAGCUGAAGGUGGAGAAGGAAGAGUUUGUGACACUCAAGGCCUUGGCUCUUGCCAAUUCAGAUUCAAUGCACAUAGAGGACAUGGAUGCAGUGCAGAAACUCCAAGACCUUCUCCACGAAGCUCUCCAGGAUUACGAGCUGAGCCAGCGUCAUGAGGAGCCACGGCGUGCGGGGAAGCUGCUGCUCACCCUUCCCCUCCUGCGGCAAACAGCUGCCAAGGCCGUGCAGCACUUCUAUAGCAUCAAACUGCAGGGCAAGGUCCCCAUGCACAAACUCUUCCUAGAAAUGCUGGAAGCCAAGGUCUGACAGGGCCCAGGAAGCAAACUGGAAGCCAAGGUUGCGGCCAUGGAGCUAACCAAACAGAGGUGGCAGCUGGCUUUUAUCUCCAAUCAUUUAUUAUGGAAGAAUUAUUUAACAUCCAUCUGGCAGCCACGCCAGUCUGUACAUCCAUCUGAAGAUUAUUGUGUACAGAGAAGGAAACUCUUUUAAUCAACAUCACUCUUCCCCCUCCCCUCCUUUCUUUCUUUCUGGAAAAUUAUAGAACAAGCUCUUGCACUUGCAGAGGGAGCCAAAGGAAGGCUGGAGCCCCUCAGAGUGAUGCUGUUUGCACUAUCCAGGGCAGCCCAUUCCCAUCUUCUUUGACCUAAGAGAAGGGGUGUGGGGACUGAAGCAGAAAAUGGUGAAAAAUAAGAGUUUGUAACAUUCAUAGCAUGGUGGCGUGAGAGGAGAUUAAAAAAUAUAUCUGGGCGUCAGUGGGUCUGCAGCUUGACCCCUUUCCCCAAUGCUGUGGUCCAUGUGAUGGUGGUCUGUUUGGGGAGGAGCGUCAUGGGAUCUCUUAAGUCGAGAAUGGCUGCCUCCUGUGCUCAAGCUACACGGAAAACAUGUACAUAAAGGCCCUCCUUAUUGGGAAGGACAGGCCUGACCAUGUAAGAUAUCCUGUGAUAUUGUACAGCAUAUUUGCACCUGGCUUUCCCCUAUCCAUGUGCAGUCAUAACAUUCCUGGUGGUGAUUACUAGAGAAGCUGGAGACAUGUCCUUGAGAGAGAAGAUCUCGUUGUGUGAGAACAUGCCGAGGGAAGUAGCUGGAUACUUUUUGUUGUUGUUCCAAGGCUGUAGUCACUCAGUCAUCCCUUCAUCCUCCUAGACAUGGUGCUAUUUCAAAAGAAAAAGAAAACCCUCUACCUCCUUUCCUUCUUUCUCCACAUGGCCUGAGGUCACUGGAAUCACAGGGAGUGGGCCAAAAUAAAAGUUAUUUGGCAUUUCCCAGUCUUUCCUCACCAAUAGAUUUCAAGCUCCAAAUCCAAAUAUUGGAUAUACUCCCUGAGAGGUAGGGGAGAAGAAGAAUUAGAAGAACUCACCUGCUGGGCUUGCGCCAUGUUAAGAGAACUAAAACAACCCAGGGGAGAUACUUAAUUUUUGCCUCCACAUUCCUUUCCCACUGUGGCAACUCUCUCAUUGAGGUCAGUUGCUUGAAUCCAGCUUGAGUGUAGCUGAAGGAAGGCAAGGGUAGCAAGGCUUAUAUUUGAGCCAAAACCUGUUUGGAAUGGCAGGCUUGAAGUGAUAAGUAAGAUAGUGCCUCUGAGAAUUGGAAGUGCUUCUCCCUCCCCAUCAAGGGAUUGGGGAGGUAAGGUUUCUUGGUUAUAUUCAUAAAAAUAAUGGCUUCCAAGUUAGCUUGGCCCCUGCCAACCCUCUUUUCAGAGUUUAAUUACUUUUCUUCUCAUCAGUCCCACAGAGCCACAUGCCCAGAUGGCUUUGACUGGUUUGUGGCUUUUCAGGAGGGUGAUGUGUUUGUGUGUCUGUUUUCACGGUUAUUUUGGGAUCCAGCAGUGAGUUCAAGAGUUAAACCCACUGUUACAGAAGCAGCAUUGAAGCCAAGAUGACCAUACAAGUGAAUUUUACUUCCAAAGGGAGUGGUCAAAAAAACAUGUGAAAACAGGUCUAACCAAAGCAAUAAAAGGUAUGGAUGGCAAAAAAAAAUAUAUCAUUUGCCAAGUGAGGGCUGGGCAGUGUCCUGUCUGCUUCCUGAGGUAAAUCAGAACAGAGGCCUCAACUUCUUUACUUUGUACUAAUUCACUUUGCUGCUUCAUCAAGAUGCUAAUCCAAAGGUCCUCUUUUUUGAAGAGGGAAAAAGUGGCUAGGGAGGG